GGUCGGAAAACAAAGUAUAAAUACGCGCGUUUACUCAAACGUUUCUAGCUUCGACUGGUAAGUUGAAUGGUGUAAUUGGAGGAACUGUAUUGCUGAUAAAACGUGUUACUGUAUGUCCGAUUAGUUCGUGCAUCAGCUUGAAAUUUAAAUUGUUUAUUGAUCUGUGAAUAACACUGGUACUGACAGUGUUGGUGAAUGCCUAGUUGAAGGUCUACAAUAAGUAGCGCAUGCUCAUUUUAUAACGAGUACUGCACUGUAUCCGGUUGAAUUACCAGUUGAUUGACUCCUAUUUCCAGAGCUAGCUAUCAUCGGGUGAUAUAUAUAACUCACAGUACGAUAUAACCUAGCACGGGCUAGACCGCAAAUCAUCAAUUAAUUACAGUCGUCUAUAGAGGGGCUGUGAAGUAAUAUAUAAUUCCGGUAUAAUAGAACGACAGAAACUAGAUAUUGUAGUGUCUCUUAAAUUGAUUUACCACGAUACGCGUAACCAAUCAUCAUGGGACUCUUAGACCGUACUAAGGAUAGCGCUGUCAGCGGAAGUCAGUUAUCUCACCACGAAGGGGCCGUGCUCAAGACGUCGGUAACGAAUCGGAAACUUGGAGAGCUGCCUGCAAAUAUGGAGUCUGAUCGCCUACUAGAAGAAUGCAACACACUACGCCAGAUGGUUGGUUCGACAAAGGCCUCAUUUGUCACGAAUCGGCAUACUGAACAGUCACUGCCCUCCGACUUCCCAGCAGGUGAUGAACUUCCGAUUCCAUUCCGGCUGAUUCGUGGAAGGGGCGAGGAUGAUGUCCUGCUACAGCACAGGGGAGACUUGCAUGUCUUUCUUACCUACUUGGCAGCCCUUGAAGAAGAAGAAAAGCGCCAUAGUCAGAGUACCAAACCAAACUACGCCAGACAUUUUAAAGAUCAGGGCCGUACCACAAGAAGAGUUAUCCGCAAACUGGAAGGGCGGUUAUCUCAAUUCGAAUGGCAGCCAGACAAUCACGAUGGUACAUCGGGCUCGACACUUGCAUCGCGACGUCUUUCAGAAAGCAACGACCCCGAUGUCAGAUCUCUGUAUAUUCAGACACGUUUCCAUGACUAUAUGCUGGCCUGCUGUAGAAAUGUUGAAUCCUUUUGCAAGCAGUGAGUGAUCAUGAUGACGUAAUCACAGUGCCUCGAUGUGACCAAAUAAUCACCUGAUGCAAUGGCGGCUGUCUGCAGCGACGUCUGUCAUAUUCACCUGAUGCAUAGAGUUCAAUCCGCGCAUGUUCUAGUUCAAUCUUUGUCGCAUGAUUUGGAUUUCGUAGAUUUAUGGCAAAAUCAAGUUUGUCUCUUGUAUUUAGUCCACAAAAAUAUAAUACAAAAGUGACUGCCAGCUCUUCUCGAACUUUACUAUAUUGUCGAUGUUUACUUUUUGUUUAUCCGAACGACUGUCACUUAGUCAUGUGGGUAUGUUUGUAUCAAUUGCUUUAAUAUGUGCUGACAAUAGGGGGGCAUGUUAGGGAGGGCGCCUUUCUAUUUAAACUUGCUCGUUUUAUCGAAAUUUCAAACUAAAAAACGUGAUAGAAAUAUAGUCAACACUAAUCAGUGCGCCCUCUCCGGUAAUCGCAAACGCAAAUUCCACCGGCGAGGGCGCAACAAUUCAAGACAACUCAUGACUGCCAAAAUAAUACACAACAUUUACUUAUGAGAAGAUCAUUGCCGUCAUUGGUUACAAAACUGCCGCUUAUGGAGAUUUACCCAGAAAUAUAGUAAUAUAUAUAUAUAAAUAUACAAGAACCCAUUUUACGUUAUACAUUAUAUGAAGCUCGCCAUGUACUUACUCGAGAUAUAGAUUAGUUUUAUCAUUCCAAUGUAAUUGAAAUAUAAGGUAUGGAUUCCAGUGAUGUACUAUU